AUGUUGUAUUACAAUCUCAUUCUAAAUUUGAUUUUUUUACUCAUUUUUAAAAUCAAUUCAAGUUUUACAUCUGAUUCGAUUUCUAAUCAUUCUUUGAAAUUAGAUAUAAACAAUAAGCAAGAAUUAAAACAAGUUACUAUCAAUUCAAUUCAAAACUUAUUAAAAUAUUAUACACCUACACCUACUGGUGUUUUUGAUGAAGCUCAAAUUCCCUGGUGGACAUCAGCUGUGAUCUGGGGUUCAUUAUUCGAUUACGCAAGAUGGUCAAAAGAUGAACAAUUUGUGAAUAUUUCAACCGAAGCUUUAACUAACAUGUCAUAUGGAAAAGAACAUGAUUUCUUAGGUGGUGAUCUAAUCAAUUCUACGGCUAAGAUCGCUGAAAGAUGGAAUGAUGAUAUCUUAUGGGCAAGUCAAGCAGUGGUCUCUGGAGCAAAACUUUUUGGUCCUAAUUCUACGAUGGGAAACUCAGGAGGAAGUUGGAUUUCACUCGCUACUAAAACAUUUGAUCAAGCCGCCGAGCAAAUCGAUAAUAAAUGUGGUGGUGGUGUUUAUUGGUAUCGAAAUCGGAAUACGAAAGCAGGAACAUAUAAAGCUGUGAUCACUCAACUAGAGUUCAUCUCACAAGGAGCCACCACCUAUAUCUUGACUAAGAAUGAAACGAUCCUUUCUCAAUCAAAAGAGAUCUUAGAUUGGGUUCUUACUUCUGGGAUUAGUAAUCCUAAGACAGGUUUGAUUUUGGACGGAGUUUCGACCACGAAUUGUAGUGAUUAUACUGAAUUACUUUGGACUUAUAGUUAUGGUCAAUUGAUUGGUGCUCUUGCAUGGAUGCACAAAGCAACUAAAUUACAGAAGUAUCUAGAUAUGGCGAUACCUUUUCUUGAUUUUGCUAUCAAGACGUUUGCUGGACCAGAAAGAUCAGGUGUGAUUACUGAACUUUGUGAAGACGAUCAAAAUUGUCAUCGAGAUCAACAUGCAUUCAAAGGAAUCUUUUCACUUAAUUUAGUUUAUCUUUACAAAUUUACAAAUGAUCUUCAAGUCAAAACCGAAAUCAGUAAUUUAAUCUUCACUUCAGUUAAUUCUAUGGUCAGCCAUUCUUGUGAUUUAGAUUGGAAUUGUAAUGGGAAUUGGAAUUCGGGUUUGAUGGAUGGAAAAUUUAAAAAAGAUUUACCUUCUCAACAAGUUAGUACUGCUUUAUUGAUUUCUGCUGUUGGAAUUAGAUUUCAUCAAGAUUCAUCUCAUCAUCAUCAUCAAACAAAACCUCAAAUCAGAUCACCUUGA